CCCUACUUCUCUCUCUCUCUCUCUCUCUCUGUCUCUCUAGCGGACGCUGAAGCUCGAGCGAUUCCUCCGACGCGAGCGUCUAGAAAUGGAGUUCGCCGAAGAGAGCGUGGGCGGCGGAGCAGAGGAGGAGGAGGCGCCUCAGGUGAUCAGCGAGGUCGAGAAGAGCAGAAUCGGCAUCAUGCGAGCCGUCGUGGAGCGGGAAGAUCCUUCUGCCAAGUUGCAGGAUGUCGAUGAUUUUAUGAUCCGGAGGUUUCUGCGAGCUCGCAAUCUAGAUGUAGAGAAGGCUUCUAAGCUAUUUCUGAAGUACCUGAGCUGGAGACGGUCUUUCAUUCCAAAUGGGGCUAUAUCGGCUUCAGAAAUUCCCAAUGACCUUGCUCAGCAGAAGUUGUUUAUGCAAGGUCUUGAUAAAAUGGGACGGCCUAUAGUAGUUGGAUACGGGGCUAGGCAUAACCCUUCCAAAGGAAGUCUUGAGGAGUUCAAGCGUUUCGUGGUCUACAGUCUUGACAAAAUAUGUUCCAGAAUGCCUGGAGGGCAGGAGAAGUUUGUGUGCAUAGCAGAUCUUGAAGGAUGGGGAUACAAAAGUAGCGAUGUGCGUGGGUACUUAGCAGCACUGUCAAUCUUGCAGGACUGCUAUCCAGAGAGGCUGGGCAAGCUCUUUCUUAUUCAUGUGCCUUACAUAUUUAUGACUGCAUGGAAGAUGGUUUACCCAUUCAUCGACCCUAAGACGAAAAAGAAGAUUGUUUUCGUCGAGAACAAAAAACUGAGAACUACUCUGCUUGAGGACAUCGAUGAAAGCCAGCUCCCAGAUGCCUAUGGAGGCAGGUUGCCACUUGUUCCCAUUGAAGACUGCUAAAUUCUACUCAUGCAAGAAUUUUCUCCUCCUUUCUUUCCUGGCCGUGGGCCUGUACUAUAGAAUAUAAAGAAGAUAUAAUAUGGCAAAAAUGUGGAACAACGGCCAAAAUUCAUGGCUGAACUGUCCUGAUGAUAGGUAUAUCUCACCGUA